AUGGCCUCCACCUUUGUUGACACUGGGGACAAGAGUCAACACCGCGUGCAUUUUCACCUCAUAUCAUCGCCGAACACUUUGAAGAAGACAUGGCCUACCGACUCCCAGGUCCCAAUGUCCUGCGUUCAAGGGCAUCAUCGGGUGGAAGGAACCCUGCCGAAGUGCGUCUGUGCCCCAGCGACACACGCUGGAUCAUUCAAGUGCAGGCUCCACAGGGUAAACUCUCAUGGCAACUCGGCUCCCUCGGCACCUCGUGCAGACCCGGCUUCCUCCACCAGGACCGUGGAGGCGCAGUAG